GUGCGCUGCGCCUCACGAGCGAGAUUACGGUGUCUUCGCAGCCGGAAAAUACUUUUUACCACCACGUUUUCGGCGCGUUUACCGAACGGUUCGGCUCCCGUGCACGUUCCUUUGUUUUCGUUUUCGCAUUCGGUCCCGCGUCGAGCUGCGUGACAUAGUUCGGUGGACACGUUUCGAUGUUGCGAUCGAGCACGAGUUUCGCGCAAGGUUUAUCGGCUGCGAACGAAACGAACGUGAGUGAGAGACUAAGUGACAGGGAUAAUGAUUCGGUGAAACUGUAGCGUUCGCGCGAAAAGUGUGGUGAAACGAAAGUGCGGCGAAUCGAAAUUGACACGAAGAGCUUGCGAGACGAACGCGUUGGAAAAAUUCGAACGUGGGAAGCGUUCUUUUCUCGUUGAUUUUUACGGCUUGACUCUCGGAACUAGAUUCGAAUAAAAAGAAGACGAUACGGUUAGAGAGGAACGGGGUGAUCCGAUGUGGUUGAAAGAGUGGUUGAACAAGCGUCGAUGAACGAGCCUGACCGUAUCCAGACGUAAAUAAAGUCAAACGACUCGGGUAACUCGGUUCAUCGGUUACGAUAAAAGAAACGCCUUCAACAGUUCGCACGAUGGAUAAUGGACUUUGCUGAAGGUUUUGCAGUCGGUUUCUCUCAGCAGAACCGGUUGGUCACGUACGCGCAAAGAUCGAGCAUCGAGAAUACCGUGGCAUUCGCGACGAGAAGAAACCGCUCUGCGAUGGAUCAAGUGGAACGAAGCAUUAAGUCCGCUGUUUUCGUACCUUGAAACCACCCAUCAAAGGCUGUCUUUAACAUCGGACCAACAUUCCAUCUCGUGUUCGUGAUGACAGGAAUGUCGAGGCAGCGGUACGCGAACCGCAGCAGCGGGAACAGAUAAGGAAGGGAGGAGCCACGCAUCGGGCAAUCAUGUGUAGUGUCAUGUGGCUCCUUCGGCUCCUAACGACUUGCUGCCUCGUUUACCUAUCGGCGUCCGACUCUCAUACAGAUCUGCCGCUAAUAACGGAUUCGGUAUCGACGAAAUCGACGACGGCGGCAAAGCGAUCGGUACCGACGGACGCGCCGAUGUUGAACUACAUUUUCGAUGCGCACAGCACGCUGAACAAGCAUCAACAUCAUCACGAUCAUCGGUGGGGUCCUCAUUUCGAAGGGGAGAGCAAGAACAUGACUGUGCAAGCCGGUGGAAGUGCCAUCCUCGACUGCAGGAUAUCCUUGCUACAAGAUAAAACCGUGUCUUGGGUACGUAGACAAGAUAACGGAGAAAAGGUGAAUCUGCUGACGGUGGGGCAACAGACGUACAUAGGAGAUCCAAGAUACACGGUGAAGUUUCAAUACCCGGACAACUGGCGCCUACAAAUCGAGCCCGUGAACAGUAGCGACGAGGGCCAGUACGAGUGCCAAGUCAGCACUCAUCCGCCCAAGUAUAUUCACGUGAAUCUUCACAUCAACGCACCGUCCGUCCAGAUAGUGGACGCCCUGGGUGAACCGCUGAGAGACAAGUACUACGAGGCUGACAGCACCAUCGAGCUAUUGUGCGUCGUGCGUCAUAUAGCGAUGCAAGUCCAGUAUAGCGUCGUUCAGUGGCUUCACGGCAACAGAGUUCUCAAUUACGACACGACGAGAGGCGGUAUCAGCGUGAAAACGGACCUAAUGGAAGAGGGGGCCAAUUCGACACUCAGCAUAGCGAGGGUGGGACCAGCUGACAGCGGAAACUACACGUGCCAUCUCACCACCAUGCCCGAUCAACCUGCCACUGUUCACGUACACGUGCUCAACGGAGAAAGCUUAGCCGAACUCCAUCACGGAUCCGCAAAAAGCGUGGGCGGUAGCGGAUCGUUGCUACUGCUUCUGUUCGUUCUGCUGGGCCGGAUACAACAGGUGUUGAGAUGAAGGAUCGACGACGCUUCGUCGCCGUAUCGACACGGCGCUGCACAAAUAACAAUAUGGACUUUUAUAUUAUCGCUGAAGAACGGAGCUAGCCGUGUGGAUGCGUAAACGACGAACGAAGAGAAAAAAGAGCGACGAAAGAAAUGGAUGAAACGAGAAGAGGUGACGCAGGGUGGGGAAACUAAAACGUGGAUCGGAACGUUACGAGAAUAGACGAGAGAAUGGGCUACUACGAGAAAGGGAAAGGUUGGCAGCGUCGAUCCGCCGCCAUUGUAUUUCUGCGUCGCUACACGCCAGUUUCCGGUUCACCGUUUGUCCUCCAUGGCCGGCUCGAUCUCGUAAAGCGCCUUUAGACCCUCGCGUCUCUGUGUCCUUCCGGUUACCGGAACUCUCGGAUCGCAGCCGAAAGAAUUAGGCAACCCGUUGAGGUUCGGAGGAAGGAAUUCGUCGAUAGCGCUGGUUGCUGGAUCGAUCAGAUCGUAUCGAAAGCGAGAGAGAAAACAGGGUUAGAGGUUCGAUUUGGAAAUUCAAUUUGGAAAUUCGAUCGGCCGACUCGUAGUCUUCCUGUUUUCACCCGUCAGCUACGUCAUGUGCCUUUAUAUUCAGUUUCGAGAACGAGGUCUAGUGCGAAGGGUUUGGCCGCAGAGUUGCGUCAUACGUAAACGAAGAUGGAACAAGGUGAGAACGACACGUGCAUAUCUUUUACGUUCUACGUUGACUCGUGCGAUUGCACGUUUUCAUUUAUUUCAGCGAUCGUGUACGAUAGAUCUUUGUAUCGUGAAAUACAUAAUCAAAAUGUAAUAAAAAUAGUACAUAGGGAUUUAAUACGUAUAAAAAUGUUGACAUAUCUUGUUAUUCGGCACUCGAAUAGACUGAACUACUAAACUAAUUGAAACGGAUGUAGAUCAGUAAUAAAAACUUAAAACGUUCACUGUCUACGAUUCCAGAGAAAAAUGUCCUCGCUUUCGCGUUAAAUCUCUAUUACCUUAAAUUUCUUAGCACGGAUGGUGAACGCGUUAAGUUUCGAUUCAUCGGAUCGAUCGUCUCGUAGUCACAACCAUACUCUUUCCUUUAUUUCCUAGAGAAAUUUCCUCUUAUUUUUCCACUUUAUAUAGGACCGCCUUUAUCAUCGAGCCAAUGCGAAAAAUACCAAAAGAUUUCCAAAGGAUCGUCGAUAGCGAUCUAAAAAUAUCUCGGCAACCAGAAUCUACCGAUAGCGAAAGAAUCGGCUUUGAUCUCCGGCGCAGCAAAAGAGAGCCGCCGGCAGGAGGUUGUUCCUUCCUCCCUACGGUCGCAACCGAUUGUCUCCGAAAAGAUUCGUACGAAACCGUGUCGCCUGACUGUGCCCAACCGCGUCGAUCCGAAAAUCGGUGCAGGUUCGAUCAAGUUUGCGUGAAACGUGCAACUAUCGAGCACUCUUAUACGCGGGCACUUAUCGGCACGUCGACAAAGAAAGCGCGAACUACGCACCGCUUACUCUAAGUUGGACUCUAAGUUGCAUUCCUUUAUCGCGUUCCAACGUUUCCGAGAUCCGUGUUCGGUAGCUGGUUUCACGAUGAUGCACCGCGAGUCUUUGAACGAUAUUUCCGAAUCUGUGUGGACGUGCGUUCGUCGGAAAAUGGCGUGAUGAUGUGACGAUGAUCGAGCGUCUCGCGUAUAUUCGCAUCGUUCGAUCGUAAUUACAUUUUUCCUUCUUUACCGAGUUCCAGUUGAAUUCGGAUAUCGAUUGCGAAUGAAGAUGAAAAAUACGAUGUAUCCAACAACAAAAACUAUUCGAUGACUGUAACAGCGAGUUUCCUUAUUUAUACAUUCGAGUAAUCAUGCGUGGACGAGAGAAAAAGUUGACUGUGUGUGCUAAGUACGGAGCGAGGCUCGAAUUAUCAGUAUUAUCUAGUUUUCUAAAGAGCCAGGCCGAAGCAUCGCGUGAAAGAAAGCGGAAGCGAUCGCGAAGCGCGCCGAGUCGAUGGUAUCUAGCGUCAUCGAGGAGCGCGCGAUAAUGUUGCAUUUGCGCGUAAAUUACUCGGACUUGAUUCGAUCGUCGACGAGAUAAUCGAAGAAAGUGAUAAAGCGCCACAUACGUAUAUCGAACGUAUGCUCGAUCCUCUCCACUCAAACGAAUACGGUGUACUUAAUUCGUAACAUCGACUACGCGCGUCACGAACAUUUGUAUUUACAUCGUUCUUAGUUAACGAGAAUGUCGUGCAUCGACGUGUACGUUUCGUUGUUUUCUAUGUCGACUAGUUAUAAAAUUACGCAGAAGCACGAACAAGUGGUUUACGAGUCGUAAAACUACGAAUACCCAGUACAAAUGAAAAUGCUUAAGAGAUUGAAUUAUUUCGUCGGCGUCGUUGUUUCUCUAAGUAAAAGUACGCAUUUUUCAAAUUUACCGAUUUUCGUAUCAAAGGAUCUCGCGGUAAGUAAUAUCGUUCUGUCGUUCGUGAAAAUAAAUUCGAAUAUUUAACGCGAUAUCGUUGAUUAAAAAUAUGAAAUAUCCUUUGAUCGUAAACUAGCGAAAAUUCGUGUUACGAAUCGAGGAUUAAACCACUCGUUAAGCGUUUUCGAGCGGCUCAAUGGGCACAAUGGGAUGCGAGAAGAGCGAUUAACUGCCAACCUGAUCCUAAGCUCAUCAAUUAGCGAUACGAAGCGAAGUUUUAAAGCGACGGCAGCUACGCGUUUUAGAUAAAGUCAUUCUUUUUCCGUUGAUCCGUUGAUCUGUCGCUCGACGGAUGAGGCCCUCGAACGGCGCUCACGAGAGCAAUUGAACUUCUGUAUCGGGACAGAUCGCACAGUAAUACUCGAACUUGACAUAAAAUCCAAAGUUUUCUUCGACGGCGAAAUUAUGAAAUAUACGAUAUGCGUUUUACAAGACUUUGUUCCUUUCCUUUCUACCAUUUGUUCCCGCCAAUUUUUAAGAAGAGUCCUUCUCGUUUAAAAAUCGACGAUUUCACCGAAUAACAUUUUCCGCCAUUUUCUCCUGCCUAGCCUAUAGCGUAGGCUGUACAGCUGUCGAUAGAAAUAUUUCAAUGCCAUUAACCCGUACGUAGAAGAUGAUAUUAAAGGUAAGCGAUAUCAAAUCGAGUAAGUGAGAAUAAGCCUGCUACGUUCUUCGCCACGUUCUUUGCUGCGUAUUCUCGAUCUAAUCGUGUUUUUCUAUCGUGAAAAUGCGUAUUUCUUAAAUUCGACGAAAACACGAAGCAACUAUGAUGCUCGAAUCGGAUGAAAAAUAUCUCCCGCUGUCAUUUCGUUUGCGUGAUUCUCGCAAGUAGUCUGUAGAAACCGCUCUGGUAAGCGACAGAAAUACACGGUCCUAAAGUUGCUCCAAAGACA